AUGGAGCACGAUGACAACGUUACGCUGUUUCCUGUGAAGGUCCUUCUGGAUGAUUUGGGUUUGGAAUUUCUUGUGUCUUCCACUCACUGGCCACUGCAAAACGAUUUUAUUGGACCAAGUGGAGGGGAAUACAAGAAGCUGAUUGGUGGAGAGGUGGGAGACGACAUGCAAUUCCUAUUACUACUUGUUCUUAACCUUCCGUUCUUCUUCCUCCCUCCGCCGCCCCCGCCACCGCUACCACCAUCUCCGCCCCCCUUUUUCCCUUCCCGGCGAUAUGGCCCGAGUCAACGCGCAGGCCCCGCAUCAGAGUCAGAACAGAACGACUCGCCCCGGAGCAUUCUGUUCAACAAGUACGAGAUGGGGAGGGUCCUGGGUCAGGGAAACUUCGCCAAGGUGUAUUACGCCAGGAACCUUGUGACGAACGAGAGCGUCGCGAUUAAGGUCAUCAAGAAAGAGAAGCUCAAGAAAGAGAGGCUCGUGAGGCAGAUCAAGCUGGAGGUUUCCGUGAUGCGAUUGGUCCGGCAUCCUCACAUCGUCGAGCUCAAGGAAGUUAUGGCCACAAAAGGAAAGAUCUUUCUGGUCAUGGAAUAUGUCAAAGGUGGAGAAUUGUUCUCCAAGGUUGCUAAAGGCAGGCUUAAGGAAGAUGUCGCGAGAAAAUAUUUCCAGCAAUUGAUUAGCGCCAUUGAUUUCUGUCACAGCCGUGGAGUCACGCAUCGUGAUCUGAAGCCUGAGAACCUUCUUUUGGACGAGAACGAAGAUCUGAAGGUUUCUGAUUUUGGGUUGUCGGCACUGCCGGAGCAGCGUCGAGCCGACGGAAUGCUCGUGACGCCGUGUGGAACGCCGGCUUACGUGGCGCCGGAGGUGCUGAAGAAGAAAGGGUAUGAUGGAUCCAAAGCUGAUAUUUGGUCAUGUGGUGUGAUUCUCUAUGCUCUUCUUUCUGGGUAUCUGCCAUUUCCGGGUGAGAAUAUUAUGAAGAUUUACAAGAAGGCAUUCAAAGCUGAGUACGAAUUACCAGAUUGGAUUUCACCCGAAGCUAAGAAUUUGAUCUCUAAUCUUCUUGUCGCCGACCCAGAAAAGAGAUAUUCGAUCCCAGAUAUCAUGAAGGACCCAUGGUUUCAAAUCGGGUUCAUGAAACCAAUCGCGUUCUCGAUAAAGAAGGAACCAGGUUUCGAUUUCGACGAGGAGGAGAAUGAAAUUAAAGAGAAAGAAGGAGGAGAAGCAGUAGUAAGAUCAGAAAAACCGUCCCGACCAUUUUACAAUGCGUUUGAGAUAAUCUCAUCUCUGUCAAAUGGGUUUGAUCUGAGGAGCUUGUUCGAGACACGAAAGAGGUCUCCGUCGAUGUUCCUGUCGAAGCUUUCAGCUCCGACGGUUGUGGCGAAGCUGGAGACGGUGGCGAAGAAGCUGAAUUUUAAGAUCACAGGGAGGAAGGAUUUUAAGGUGAGGAUGCAGGGGGAAACAGAGGGAAGGAAGGGGAAGCUAGCCAUGACGGUGGAGGUGUUCGAGGUGGCGCCGGAGGUGGCGGUGGUGGAAUUGUCCAAGUCAUCUGGCGAUACGCUCGAGUACAUGAAGUUCUGUGAGGAUGAAGUGAGGCCUGCACUGAAAGACAUAGUCUGGAGCUGGCAAGGAGACAGUACUAAUAACAACAACAACAACAAUAAUUCUCAAAAUUAAGUUGGUAUUUUGAAAAAAAAAAAGAUUUCUGGGGGUGUUUUCCUAAGAUUCAGUUAGGUUUUUCCACUCUUAGUACUGUGAGAUAUUUGGAGGUGUAUGGUAAAGGUGUCUGAAAAUAGUACUGAAAAUAACAAGAAUUGCAGGGUACGGACAAUAUCCAAAAGGAUCUGGAUGUAAAAGUCUCCCUGUCUCCGUUAAUGGUGUGUGGUUGUUGAUGAAUGAUGCAUGAAGUAGGGUUUGGCUGUUGAUUUGAUCAUCAAGUGGAUUUUCAAGGCUGUUUCUUUUGUACAUAUGUAUUUGAAUUGCAAAAUACGUACAGAUCAAAUGGGAACUUGAAGGUCACAGAUGACAGAACAUGUUUGAAAAUGGGUGUGAGAGAAUAUUCAUAUUGAUUACUGAAGAUUAUAGUUUAAAAAGAUUAACAUACUUAA